AUGUCUUCAGCGCCGUCAGAUCUCUCUCUAAACCCGGAUCAGAGAUAUGAUAAUGAUCAAAUAAUCAUGGCUUGGAUAGCGGCUUUGGUCGCUGCAGGAUGUCCACCUUUCGCAUUGGCUCAUGAUACGACAUCUUCGAUUUAUAUGCCAGGUUCUGAGGGAGAGAGGAUGGUGUAG